AUGACAGCAGAUACUAUCAACCCACUGGACACCAUGCCAGCCUCUCCUGACUCGGAGAUUUUGACUGUUUCCCCUGCAGACACGUCUUUCGACUCCCCGGAGCCGGAGCAGCACUCAGAUGACAAAAAGCCAGCGAAGAAGAGGAAAUCCUGGGGUCAAGAACUUCCAGUACCAAAGACCAACCUACCCCCACGAAAGCGCGCAAAGACCGACGAUGAGAAAGAACAACGCCGCAUCGAGCGUGUUCUUCGGAAUCGCGCCGCUGCUCAGACCUCACGCGAGCGCAAGCGUCUCGAGAUGGAGAAGCUGGAGACCGAGAAGAUCCGCAUGGAAGAGCAGAACCAGUUCCUUCUCCAGCGGUUGACCCAGAUGGAGAUGGAGAACAACCGCCUGUCCCAACAAGUGGCUCAGUUGUCUGCCGAAGUCCGUGGCUCUCGCAGCAGCACUCCUAAGCCUAAGGCGGGAACCCCCGUCAUCGAAUCUCCUACCCUCACCCCCACCCUCUUCAAGCAAGAGCGUGAUGAGCUCCCCAUGGAACGCAUUCCGUUCCCCCCCCCCUCCGCCGACUACUCUCCUACCCUCUCGCCCUCAAAUCUGGCUGAGGCCUCCGACGUGACACAACAUCCUGCAGCGGUGUUGUGUGACCUGCAGUGUCCGUCGCUGGCCUCGAAGGAAAUGAAGGCCCUCUCCCUCUCUUCGACCUCGGAGCGGGCGAAGCUCCAGCUGCAACUGACGUUGCCGCUCCUCUUUCUGACGAUGACUUCCGCCGCCUUUUCCACGGUGAUUCACCCGUUGAAUCAAAUCCUUCUUUCCCUGAAGAUGGGUUUACCUUUGGCGUUCUCGACGGAGGAGAUCUAUCAGCAUUUCCCUUUGAUUCUAUGGUUGAUUUCGACCCCGAGUCUGUCGCUCUCGAAGGCGUCGACCCGGCCGGUCUUCCGGAUGAAGCUUCUCACCCGCCUGCUAGCAUGCAGCCCAGCCUUGGCGCGUCCACUUCGCGAUGCGACGGGCAGAGCAUUGCAGCUAGCGGUUAGUGAGCAGUUUUCCCCGCAGACCGAGUCGGCCGAUGCCCCGGAGGGCCGACCGCGGUGGGAGUCGUUAUUGACCAUGGCGUGGGCGAUCGAUAGUCUCGACCGGUCUCGACGACAACGGCAGGCUUCACAAUCCGGCCGGCGACGCAGUAACGGAAAGACAUUCCAUCGAAGGAGCAUUCGGAGUUCUUUGGGUUCAAUGUCUACCAAGGGCGAGACGACUUUGGUGUCUCUGCCUCUAGGUAAACAAUUAUGA